AUGGACUACAUGUCUGGCAAGCGACUGGAUGAAGUAUGGGAUAUUUUGGAUUCCAGUCCAAAGGUCUCAAUCGCCGACGAACUUCAUUCCUACAUAAAUCAACUUCGCGACUUGAAAGGUGAAUAUAUUGGAGCUGUUGAUCGGGGCAAGGCGAUCUUGCGACACUACGCCAAAUAUGCGUUCACAGAUAACCAUGAUAUUGUUUUUACUCAUUCCGAUAUCGCCCCACGAAAUAUUCUCGUCGAGGGAGGCCAUGUCACAGCAAUCCUCGACUGGGAAGAUGCUGGAUGGUACCCAGCAUAUUGGGAAUACUACACUCGGGCUCUUCGACAGCUAAAACCAGUGCCUGACUGGCCAGAAUAUCUACCCGUAAUCUUCCUCCCAAAUAUGAGAGAGAAUAUGUGGGCAUGGGCUUCUUAG